UCUGUCGCCACUUUUCGCAUUUUUGCUAUUCAAUCGUCAUUCAAUCGUUGCUAGCACGCAGUAAAGACGAUUAUUAAUUCUAAGUAGGCCUUAUGGAAAAAGAAAAUAAGUUAUUGUUGUUGAUAUUUUUUUUUUGUGUUUUGCUGAAGUGAGACCGAGAGACGGGGCGAGAGGCAAGAAUACAUAAAAAAAAUAAGCGUGUGAAUUGAAUCAAUAUACGGACAGAGAAAAAAAGUUGUUCUUUUUUUAAUUUGUUACAUCGCAGAAAGAAAAGAAAAAAAUAGAAAGCUGCCAAAUUGAACGAGAGAUUGAGGUGCAAAAAAUUUCUGAACGGAAUAAUCCAGUUCAGAUGUAGUUGUUGUCCACUUUCAGACUAAGGUGGUGAACACAACAAAUAGUCAACCGUAUGCAUAAGGCUCGAAUCCCGGCUAAGCUGAUAAUAGAGGGCUGAAGCAAAACGAAAACGGCAACAGGUUCAUAAGGACACACAUCACACGAUUCCUGCCUGAUUCAGUCAAUCGUUGAUCUGCAAGUGUAGAACAGCAUUGUUGUUGCAGCGUGCUGAAGUAAAAUUACACAUACACAUCACACACGGAGAGACAGAGGAAAUUCGUUUAAAUUUUUUAGUGUAAAAAAAAAGUGAUAUUAGAAACGUCGUUGUCACCACUGCUGCCGAAAUGGAAGUUGUCGACCGAAAUGAUCGUGAAAUAGCUGAUUCCUAUUUAUCAAGUUUGGUUGAUCUAACAAAUAAUAGCAAACCAUUGAUAAAUAUGUUAACGAUGUUAGCCGAGGAGAAUAUCGAACAUGGUCAAACGAUAGUCGACGCCGUCGAGCAACGUAUAGCUAAGGUGGAGCCUGAUUUGAAACUACCAAUUUUGUAUUUGAUUGAUUCGAUUGUUAAAAAUGUUGGUGGCGUGUACAUUAAAUACUUUAGUCAAACAAUUGUGAAAAUAUUUAUUGGAGCAUUCGAAAAGGUGAAUGAAGAUAUCCGUAAAAAAAUGUUUGCAUUGCGACAAACAUGGAAUGACGUAUUUCCACCAGCAAAACUCUACACACUUGAUGUUAAGGUCAAUGCAAUUGAUCACAAUUGGCCGAUCACGGCGCAGAAAAUAGCGCCAGCCAUUCACGUCAAUCCGAAUUUCUUUUCGACAACGACGGAAAAAGACAUUCAAACGGAACUACAAAUAAAGCAACGUGAAUUGCUGGAGCUAAAAAAGCGAAAAUUAGAAUUGGAAUUGGCAGCAACUCAGAAACAAUUGGCUACAACAACUGUUAUGCCACCAACACAUCCAGCGGCAGUUGAUCCAUCCAUAAUUGUAAAUACAAAGGAUUUAGCGAAACAACCUGUUGUUUUGCCAGUCGUUACAAAACCGACCAAAAUCAUUGCUCAACCGGCAUUUAUUCCAAAUCAAAUGCCUACAUCAAAUGUACGACCGAGAAUAGCACCGGUAAAUUCAGCGCUUGUGAGCAGUAUGCGUAUACGUGAUCCACGUUUAGCACGACAACCGCCCCAAAUGGUUGCACCAGCUCAAAAUUUGCCUUCAAUACCAUCGAUCAAUGAUCAUUUUCCGUCAAAAUUACCACCAAUGGGACCCAUUCCUCGCAUAAGCAACUCGAAUUUUGCUCCAAACGCCGAUCGAAAUCAGCGUAUGCAGCCAAUCGACUCGAUGCCUUACAAUGACACAACGAAUAAAGCUCAUGUCAACAAUAGCAACAAUUCAAAUGAUGUUGAGAAUAAGAAUAAGCAUAAGAACGCACGGUCACCAAACAAAUCAUCAUCUUCAAAAUCGAGUGGCAAAUGCGGCAGCAGUAACAGUAGCUCAAAGUCAAAAUCGACGUCAUCAUCAUCGUCGUCGUCGAAAAAUUCCAGUUCGAAGAGUGAACGCAAUUCACGGUCCUCAUCAAGCGGCUCAUCGUCCAAGAAAUCCAAAGGCCGAAAGGAUGAUAAGUCACCGCUACGAAAAAAAUCGUCAUCGAGACAUCGCAGUCCUACAUCUAGUAGACGUAGUUCGUCACCAGCCGACGCGCAAAAAACGUCGUCGUCGUCGUCGUCGUCUUCACGCAAAACUUCUUCCUCCUCUUCUUACGAUAGCAAAUCGAAAUCUUCUGAUAGCAAGCACAGCAAAGAGAAGAACAGUGAUAGUCAUUCUAGUAUUAGUAGUAAAUCUUCGCCAAAUCAUAGAAAUCGCAAUAGGAGCAGUCGGUCCAAGUCACCGACGAUGAUCUCAUCGGUGACCAAAUCGACCACUGACUCAAUCACGAAAGAUAUUGACCUUCGCGCCCAUUUACCACAGCCGAUUAGCCUUACUAACUCCCUAAUUAGUUCGACGAUCAUCGAUCAAACGUCGAAUGUAACCACUUCGGUUGCCAUCAUUGCUUCGAACGCCAUCGCGGAUCGAAAAUUUAUUAAUUUGGACAAACAAAUCGGCGAAGAUGCGCCAAAAGAUAUUGAUUUUCGUGUUGGACUCAUGACAAACAUGUCAGCUAAUCAAGCAGUCACGGUCAGCGAUACCAAAAAACGUCUUAGCGAAGAAACAGAUUUAAAUGAGCCAAAAAACAAAAAAACCAAAUCGGAAAAAAUCGAUAUAUUGUUUGGCACGGAGGAUGUCGACCUACGAAUUCCACCGCCGUCAUUAAAUACGAUCGCCGCACCAGCGGUAAUUUCAGCAUCUGUUGUGCCAGAUGUUGAAACUAAGCCACAGUUAGAGGCAUCCGAAACAAAUGCAUCACAUACAAAAUUGAGCGAUCAGCUAUCUAAUUCUAAGAAAAUUAAUCGUGAUAUUGAUUUACGGCAUCGGCCAGAUGUAAACGAUGAGAAUUCCCAAGAAUCCAAUGAUAAGUUCAAAAUGAUUUUAAUGCAAGCUCAAGAACAAGUAGAGAAUAAUCCGGAUGUUGAUCCGGAGAAAAUCCAAAGUAUGGUUCAACAAAUCAUCAAGAUCAAAUGUGAUUCAGAGGCAAGAAAGACGUUCAAACGUGGCCAGGCUGGCAAAUCAAAUAAGGCUAAUGAAAAUGAAGACGGGACUGAGGCCUUCAGUUCGGGUAGCGAUGAUGAGACGUUAAAACAAUCUCAUCGUGUACCGUUCAAGCGACGCCGUCAAGAGAACGAUCGAGGUCAAAUGAACUCAAAUGCACCAGUUGCGGCAAAUAAUUCGACAAAGUCUCCUAAUCAUGAUGCUCCAAAUGCACCACAAAAAGAACGUCGACCACGUAAAACCAAGUGGAAUUCACCGUGGGAAGAACAAGUGAAGCCACCAAUUUUGCCGAUGCAAACGCUACCAUCGAACAUCAUUCCGGCCAUGCCAUUUGCACCGUUACGAUCCAAUCAACCACCAAUGAACAUCACACCCGAUGCUGAAAAUAUGCGCAAUGUGCGCCAAUUUUCGUCACGUAAUGUACCUGAAUCCGUUUGGCAACCGAAUGCAAUGCCGUUCAAUGGACCACCCGUGGUCAAUCAAUUGGGACUACUCAAUAACGCCGGUGUUCCAGCUAAUUUAUUGGCUGGCGUUGGUGUUAGUGUUGGUGGUCAAAUUGUGAUGGCUCAACAUGGACCAAGUUUGGCACCGUGCACGGCCAAAGAUCGCACGAUCAACAUCGAUGGUGUUCCAAGAGAAAUUCGAUUCUAUGACGAAACUGCAAUAGCAUUUAUGGAAAGUAUGGGUAGAGAACCAAAGGAAAUUGGUUUUCAAUCGGGCGAACGUCGUGUUUGUGUCGAUAAUAAUGAAUCGAUAGUGUUAGCUUUCAAUGAUACGUAUAAACCGUUUGUGAUAAACGGUCAAUCCUACCAAAUCCGCUUCGGCACACCAACCCGUGAACUCUACAUUGACAAUGAGUGGUAUGAGUGCUAUUUUGGUGAUCCGGCCGUUGGCAUUGUGCUGAAUGGUAAGCUUCAUUCGUUCCGCAUCGAUGGACCCGCACCACAAGUACGCAUCGGCAAUGUGCGUAAUGAUUUAGUGGUUGGUAAAAUCGAUAUGUAUGUGGAUAUGACGAUAAAGGUGCCACUAUUUUUGGACGCUCAAGUGCAAAUGUUCCAAGUCAACAAUCAAGUACACACAAUUCAAUUUGCUGACUACUUUUUAACCGUAAUCAUUGACAACAUACCGUUCCAAGUACAAUAUGGAGCGAUGCCGGCCAAAUUCCAAUUGGCCAAUUCGGAACAUUAUAUUCGCUUCUCGGUGCUGCCAAAUAGCAUCGUUCCCGGUGAGAUCUACGUCCGUAAUAUGAAGCGUACACAUUUGCAGCGGGAUUUGGUGUCACCAGUACCCACAACAAUCGGUAAUUUAAUACCUGUUUCAAUUCCACCCGUAACUGGGCCUAUUUUACCACUCAUGUCAAUUGUUCCGAAUCCAGAUAUUAUCACAUCGAACUCAUCGAGUGCAACCUCACUUCUAACUGCCACUGCUGGUAGCGGCGGCAUCGCUGGUAUUGCCGGCACAAGUAGUCAAUCAAACGUACCUGUGAUAUCCGAAUCAAGUAAUCCGGCAGUGGACAUAAAUGAUCUCUAUCAGAAAUUGUUGGCGUCUGGCAUUUUGAAUAAGGUUAAGGAAAAGGAAAAAGAGAAGGAGAAGGAAAGAGAGAAACCGUCACCCAUAUUGCUCAACAAACCGGAGACACUGAAGAAACGCCAACCAGUGAUAAUAAGUGCGCUAUUUUCUGGGUCACAGUGCAGCUGUUGCGGUGUUCGCUUUCCAUUGGAACAAACAAUCAAAUACAGUCAACAUUUGGACUGGCACUAUCGACAAAAUCGCCGCGAAAGGGACUCAGCGCGUCGGGCACAGUCACGCAAAUGGUAUUACUCGGUGGCCGACUGGAUUCAAUACGAAGAAAUCGAAAAUUUGGAUGAGCGAGAAAAGAACUGGUUUGAAACGCAACAGACCGAAAUGGACUCAGCGAAUGAGGAAUCGAAUCAACGUUCCGCGUCACCGCCUCCAAGUUGCGUAGCUGCAGCUGACGAUCAUAACAAAACCUGUGACAUGUGCCAUGAUCCAUUCGAAACAUUCUACAAUGAAGAAACAGAAGAGUGGCAUCUGCGCAACGCCAUACGCGUCGAAGAAAAUAUCUAUCACCCAAUUUGUUAUGAAGAUCAUAAGCUAUCACUUACGCUAGAUGAAUCGAAUUUAAAUGCAUCAAGUCUCGGAGAUAUUUCUACGGACGACAACGCAGUUGAUCUACCGAUUAAACAUGAAGAGGACCAAACUGUGACAGGAUUCUCGACGAAUGCCAACGAACGCAUUCCAAUUCUGGAUGAUGAUGAUGAUGUCAUCGUUUUGCCACAAGAGGAACCAGUCAUCACUGAAAUCCCGGAUGAUGAUGAUCAUGAACCUAAGCAAACACAUGCCACGAAUAAUGGCACGAAUAGUCAGGCAGAAACAGGGAUAACAACUUCAAAAUUCUCAUCACAGAACACAGGCACUUUUACGCAACCAGACAGCCAAAAGAAAGAUGAAACGAAUAUAGGAGAAGAUAAUGACGAAGCGGGAAAUCACAACGAAUCUGAUGUGCAAAUCUUGGAGCCACAAAUUUCAAUUUUGAACUUGGAUGAAUACGAAGAAACCAAUGUGUCAUCAAACACGUUAGACGAAUCGCUAGUUCAAGUGGUGAAAAUCAAAGAAGAACCAAAGUAUGAAGGCUAUGAAGAUGAUGAAGACGAUGGCUUCGAAGAAGUUGGUACAUUCGCAGCUGACGCAGCCGAAAUAUUUAAGGAAGCAAGCGUUGAAGACAGUGCACCAUUGCCACCGAUUCAAACGCAGUCCGCACCGAUCGCCACACUCGAUGGUAAUAUCGAACUACAAGAGGCGCAACCCAUCACAGUCGGUACAAAUAAGAUAAAAAUAAAUAUUUCCAAAAAUGUACAGUUGAAUAAAAAUUCAAUAAACUCUACCGAAAGUGUUGAUAAUAAUUUAGCAAUAAAUAAUAAAGAAUCGGCGGAUGGCCAAACGCAGGGCAUCGCCACCAAUAAAAGUGUUGUUGCAAAUGAUACAGAUCGAAAUGGUUCAAUUGAUGCAAAUGAAAUAUCGACGGCCAACAGUGCUGGUGGCAGUGCUGCGACGGCUGCUGCUGCUAUAUCCGGUGACUCAGCGACCAGCGACAUUGAAUACGAGGUCAAAGAUUCGAUAAAGCAUGUGCAGUUCAAGCGGCAACCAGUUGUUCAAAGUGGACUAGAAACGUCUGGUUUGUGUUCUAUUAUGUAAAUGAUGAUCAAUCACGAUUCACGGUUUUUUUUCGGACGGCCGCAAUCCAUUUACAUACGCGCACAAAACAAACACAACUCAUGUCUUAAUUUGUAAGGUAUUUAAACCAUUUUUUUUAUUGAAAUGAACAGCCAAUUUCAUUACAAUCAACAACAACAUUUCAAAAUAAAGAAAAAUUUACACAAAAUAAAA